AUGUCACACAAAAAUUACCUGGCGCAGAAGCUACCUCGUCUAAGCCUCUUGCUGUGAGUGAGGGGAAUUCGCUUCUGCCUGGAGACGAUAUACCUGGGUCAUCCAGUCUACUGCUGCCCUCUUGUUCUGAAAACCACCCCGAGCGCACUACAGAGCACGUAUCUGAAUGCGAAGACAUGAACCCAUGUGUAGAGGGGAGAGGAAAACGCCAUGACGGUAGUCUGAAGUCACAGCCAGACCUUAUGGGCUACUCCGGACAGUCGGUAGAGAGCAAAAGUGUGCGUCCAAGCGACGACUCCAUAAAUCGUCCUCUCUCACAUGCAGCGAGUUCUCCGGAAAGACAAAGUAAGGAGGACCGUGCUCGUCAGCAGUGUUUGGUAUUCAGGGUUUGUCGGAAUCGAAUACAGUCAGACCUGAAGACCGUGUCUCAGAGGACCUUGCUUCUUUUCAUGGUCUACUUAAUCAGUUACUCCAGACAGACAUGGAAAUAGGAGUUCUGAAAGCAUUCCGGAUAGGAAAAAGGAGUGAAGACAGCACGGUAGUACAACCACCUCGCCCGCUCAAAAUUAUGCUGGAGAACAAAGACCAAAUCAUAUUGGUCCUCUCUAAAAAACCGACCUCAGAAACAUAGACAAACAGGUUUUUUUCAACCGGACUAUUCACCAGCGGAACGGCUGAAACGCCGGGAACUUGUCUUGGAAUUAAAAUCAAGACUGAAGGAUGGCGAACACAAUCUGGCUAUCUCCAAAGGGAAGGUAAUUCAGAAAUAUAUACCGUUUCAGUGGAACCAGCCUGUAAGACUAAGAACGACGGCACCUACUCAGCUAAUACAGAUACCUUCGUUGCACCACCUACUCAGGGCGGCAACACAAGUAAACGAAUAAUGUCCAGUGAUCUGACUGAAGCAAUGCAUAUAAAUGGUACCCAUCAGCCCAGAGAAUAUGGCGUUCGAGAUAACGGAGUAAUGCUCGAAACAGUAACAAAUGCAACGGGAAAUUCGGCUAGUGUAAAACUGAGGUGCUUGUACACGAAUGCCCAAAGCCUCAUAUCGAAACUAGGAGAGCUAAAACUUUGCCUUGCCGAGCUUUCUCCAGAUGCUUUAGCAGUAACCGAGACCUGGCUGUCCGGAAAUACUAGCGAUAGUGAAGUAGCCUUGUCCGGAUACCAAAUUUAUCGGAGGGACAGGGAACAUCGUCAGGGCGGUGGUAUAGUUGUGUAUGUAAAUGAAGGCCUGGCAGUGUCGGAAAACACAACCAAGUUUGCGUGCGGCACGGAAGCUAUUUGAUUGACCAUCAAGGCUAUCGGUUCCCGUGUCUCGAUGUCCUCACUGUCUACCGACCACCUAGGACAGACCAAAUCGCAGACACUCAACUAUUGGAGCAGUUGGAGAAAUUUUCCAGUCGACCUAACAUCAUGAUCAUGGGUGACUUCAACGCUCCAGGAACAAACUGGAAUACCCUCAAAGCGUCAGGUCCAAAAUCGUCAUUCGAUUACCGUCUGCUGAACAAAACAUUAAAGGCGUCCCUCACACAACAUGUAAUGUUCCCAACGAGAACACGUGAAGGACAAAGGGCAAACUGCCUUGAUCUGGUUUUUACGAAAACACCAGACAGCAUACACGAGAUCACCCCCAUGCCGCCUCUUGGCCGAAAUGAUCACGUAGUGCUUAUGUGAGAUUAUUCGUUAUUCUCCAUUUCGCAUUCUCCAGACCAAAAAAGACGGAAUGUUUGGCGAGGCGACUUCAAUCAGAUGAGGGCAGACUUAUCCGGUAUCGACUGGGGCUCAUUGUUUACGGGAAAUGCCAGCGAUGACUGGGAGCUGUUCAAGAAUGUCCUUCUGCAGCUUAUCAACAACCACUGCACACUGACAAGUGUAAGACUGAAUAAACGCCCUGGGUGGCUAAAUAGUAACCUCAAGAAAUAAAUCAACAGGAAGCACAAAUUGUGGAGAAAAUACAGCGUCACUGGGCAAUUUGAAUAUUUUAACACCUACAAGACACGGAGGAACAAAUUGAGGAACCUGAUCAUGAAGACGCGACGGGAAUUCGAGAAGAACUUGCUACAAAAGACAACGCACAACCCAAAAUUACUCUGCAAUUACCUCCGACGAAGUACAAGAAGCAGGCAUCAAAUCCCAUUAAUAAGGACUACUGAUGGCGUUGAGAUUGCUGAUAGUAGGGCUAAAGCUGCGUAUUUUUCACAGUUCUUCCCAUCAGUCUACACAAACGAGACAAGGUUCCUUCCUCCCUCCACAGAAGAACUGCCGACCCCAAGCGUCAGUGAUAUACUCUUCUCAGAAGCCAUUGUUCGAAAAGAGUUAGAAGCAUUGAACGAAUCGAAGUCGCCAGGACCAGACGAGAUUCCACCCAAGCUUCACAAGGAACUUGCCAGUGAGCUCUCUGUGCCUUUGUCGAUGCUCUUUCAAACGUCAUUUGACACUGGAACACUUCCUAUUGAUUGGAAGCUGGCCCAUAUUACUCCGCUACACAAAGGAGGUAACAGGGCAGCAACGACAAAUUACAGGCCCAUAGGUUUGACAUGCAUUCUCUGCAAAGUUAUGGAAAGGAUCAUAAAGAGUGAACUGAUGCAUUUCCUGGGAGUUCACGGCCUGGUAUCGAAAUGCCAACAUGGGUUCCGAAAGGGAAGAUCCUGCACGAUAAACUUGCUGCAACCUCUCCAGAGCUGGACCCGAGCUCUCGACGACAGCCACGCGGUCCACAUAGCCUUCAUCGACUUCCAGAAAGCGUUAGACACUGUGCCACAGCAGAGGCUCUUACAUAAACUUAAAAAAUAGGGAUCAGUGGCAACUUCCUUAAAUGGAUUGAAAACUUCCUUUUGGGUCGACACCAGGUUGUCUGCAUCGGUCGGGGAAAAUCAGACCCUGCUAUGGUCGAGAGUGGUGUCCCCCAGGGUUCAGUACUGGGGCCCAUUUUGUUCCUUAUCUACGUGGACGAUGCCGCAAGAGCUCUAGACUGCGAAUUAGCAAGGUUUGCCGAUGACAUGAAGAUAUGGAAUGAAAUUCGGGGUCCUGCCGACGAAGACAGACUGCAGAUGAACCUGAAUCGGUUGGAGGAGUGGUCAAACCGUUGGCUCCUGCGGUUCAACGUUGCCAAAUGUAGCAUACUUCGCCUGGGCAACACAGCCAAAUCCGCCAGCACAAGAGACUACUUUCUGGGCGGUGCAGCCUUACCCGAGGUCGAAGCCCAAAAUGACCUCUGUGUGCUGAAGACCAGUUCCUUAAAGCCAUCUGCCCACUUCUCGAGAGUGGCAAAAACGGCAAUAUUCGUACUGUACGCCAUCAAGCGUGCGUUUAUGGACUUUGACGAAGAUGUUUUCUCAAAGACAUUCGGAACACUCGUCCGACCGCAUUUGGAGUACGGGAUACAAGGCUGGAGGCCGUGGGCGGUUGAGGAUUAAAACUGCCUCGAAAGAGUCCAGAGGACAGCCACGAAGAUGGUUAGGGGUCAAAGCUCCUUUCCUUAUGCCACCCGCCUAGUAAAUCUAGACCGUUUUCCUUUGAGUUACAGGCAACUUCGCGGGGAUCUCUUGCAAGCCUUCCGCAUUGUUAAGGGGUUGGAUUGCAGUCUGGCCUUCGAGGACUUAUUUGAAUUUGCUACCACGACCAACCUCCGAGAACACCCGCUAAAACUGCGCAAUCAGCAGGCAAGGCUGGAUGUGCGGAAGUUCUCCUUCUCUGUUCCAGUGGUCAAACCAUGGAAUGCCCUUCCCGCAGCUGUUGUAAUGUCACCAUCUAUACAAAGUUUUAAAAGGAAUCUGGACAUAUUUAUGUUCCGAAAUGACCAAGAGCGGUGAGAAGUAGAGCUCACCCCCUGUAACUCGUUCUCUUUCUGUCCUACCAUCAUGGGCGUGUUUGAGCUAUUUCAGCCCAGAACGUUUAUCUGUAUACUACAAAUUUUUUUACGUUGCGAAUAGGGUACUCAAAGGCUUACGCCUAUUUCCCUCAAUAAACUGAACUGAACUGAACUGUUCUUUUAGUGUCUCCUCCUGUCUACAGGCAGUAAUUCCUAUCAUCCUGAAUCGGACUCAGGCCCGAAAAAGGUAGUACAAUUCCAUUUAGGGGUAUUCCGUCUUCCUUUAGAUCUACCAAGUCUUUACAGCCCAGCUCAUCUAAAACGCCGCAGCUCCAGUUAUAUCCCCUAAUAAUUCUUUGUCCUGCGUACCGGUUACUUACCAAAGCCCUACUAUAUAUCCAGUAAAUAAUUCAUACAUGAAUUGCCAUGAUUCAUUUACCCCUCAACCUAGUUCAGGAUUCCCACCAUUUAAGACCAUCUUCUCUCACGUAAGUCAACCCAACUCAUUUGACUUCCAACCUUGACGUGGUCUCCCACUCUCUUAUCCUUAUAACUGCCUACCCUCCCCCACUAGCCUCUACCUUCCUUCUAGGUUCCCCUUCCUCGUCGUUGUCCUCGUCCUCGUCCUCCUUCUCCUCCUCCUCCUCCUCCUCCUCCUGCACAACAAAACUACCAAUAAGCCUAUCCCUGUUCCAACUCGCUUAGCAUUCCACUGUUUGAAAACUAGAUCCCCACCUCCUAUAGGUAUUCUGCCCAGCCUUCUCUUGAUGACUCCCUCUACGUCAAUAACUCUAGAUUAACGGAUACUCUUUCUCCAAGCCUCGUUAAUUCACAGCUCACAUAUCCGGCUCCAUAUUUUUUCUAAAUACCGUCGACAAUUGGCUUGCUGUUCGAAAUACAUUGGAUAUAAUAUUAUUGAAUGCCAUAUCUGUUAUAAACACGAUGGCCCAAAUCAGAGCCAUCACUCUCGAAAUGACGCCGGAUACUAUGUGUAUAGCAAAAUCUUGGACCCAUUCUCUAAUUCCUGGCUCUGCCCUUCUCAUAGAUGACUUCGAUACUUUCCGUCAAGACCGCACGAAUAGGCGUGGAGACGGUUGUCUUCUUUAGUUUAGAUCUUACCUAAAGCACUCUCCCUAUUACCUGGAUGUUUUCUCAUUCACGGGAAACUUCUGAUUUGCAUCUGCUAUUCUCUUGCCGCAAAGAAAGGCAAUUAUUGGCUCUAUCUACAAUCCCCUAAACUUCGUAACUAACGAUGAUUCAUAACACUGUGAAAUCUUUAAAUUAAUUUCGGAAGCUGCUUUCGAUAUUAAAAUAAUCACCGGGGAUUUUAACCGUCCUGAAACAAACUGACUUUCUAAUAUCUGUCCACCUAGAUUCCAGCCCUUCCAAGAUAGUGUACAUUUUUCUAAGUGGUCUCAACUGGUGCGCUCUUCAAUAAGUACGAUUGCGUACAUAACGACUUAAUGAAUAACUAUAUCGGAUCACUGGAUUGGUGUGGCUUUCUAUCCUGUAGCGAUGCAACUAUUCAUCGUGACGUCAUGUCCAAUGUUUCCAAGGACAUCCCUAGAGUUUGUGCCGCGUAGAUAUAAAUUUCAAAGAAAUAAGGUGCAAAGCCUGAUUUUCAAGAGGCGACGGGAUUUUGAGAGCAAUUUGCUUCACCGAGCCGUUAAAAAUCCGAAAUUGCUCUACAGCUAUUUGCGGAAGAGCACACGUAACAGGAAUCCCAUUCCUGUCAUGAGGAAUGAUGACGGUUUGGAGAUAUCGGACAGUAAAAAUAAAGCUGAGCAUUUUUCUCAAUUUUUCCAAUCCGUUUUCACAAGAGAAGCAGACUUUAUUCCCACUAGUUCCGAGAACACGGGAGAUCCCACUAUCGAAGAUAUCGUGUUUCGAGAAUCAACGAUUUUGGAAGAACUAAAAAGCUUGAAGAAAUUUAAAUCUCCCGGUCCGGACGAGAUCCCAGCAAAGCUGCUUUUCGAGCUUGCCCGAGUGCUGGCCAAACCACUAUCCUUUCUGUGCCAGGAAUCGUUCGAUGCUGGAAUCCUUCCCACAGACUGGAAGACGGCCCACAUUACACACCUUUACAAAAGCGGUAGUCGUGCUCUUGCAACGAACUACAGACCCGCCAGUCUGACAUCAAUCUGCUGCAAAGUGAUGGAGAAAACCAUCAAAAAGGAGUUGAUGGCUUACUUGGAAACCCACAACCUCUUGUCCAAUGCACAAUAUGGUUUCCGUAGGGGAAGAUCAUGUGUAACGAACUUACUAUAUACAAUGCAAGGUUGGACAAGAGCACUGGACGCUAAACACACAGUGCACGUGGCCUAUAUUAAUUUCCGGAAGGAGUUCGACAGUGUCCCGCACCAACGUCUCCUGCACAAGUUGAGAAUAAUGGGCGUCGGCGGCAAACUUCUCAAAUGGAUCGAGAACUUCCUCGUCAGCCGUUCCCAAAUUGUCUGCGUAGAAAGACAGCAAUCAAGGUGCACAUUCAUAGAGAGUGGAGUCCCACAAGGCUCGGUGCUGGGACCAACCCUCUUUCUCUUGUUCAUCAAUGAUUGUGUAGAUGGGUUGGACUGUGAUAACGCCAUGUUUACGGAUGACAUAAAAAUCUGGAAAGUUAUCCAGAAUGCUGCCGAUGAGACCAACUUCCAAGAAAAUCUUUGUCGAUUGGACGAGUGGUCCCGCAGAUGGCUCUUGUCCUUCAAUUUGACCAAAUGUACCAUACUGCGCCUCGGAAAUCAGACUCCUAGUACGCGGCAAUACCAUCUGAACGGAAUAUCAUUUCGAGAAGCAGAAACACAGAAAGAUCUCGGAGUCUGGAUUGCAGACAGCCUUAAGCCUGCUACGCAAUGUUGUAAGGCGGCCAAGGCCGCAACUUCAAUGCUAUAUGCUAUCAAGCGGGCAUUCGCAGUUUUCGAUGAAGACUGCUUCUCCAAAGUCUUCGGCACGUUUGUAAGGCCGCACAUCGAAUAUGCAAUUCAGGCCUGGAGACCAUGGACACAUCAGGAUUACAAUCUGCUCGAAAGGGUGCAGAGGUGAGCCACAAAAUUAGUAAGAGGUCAAAGUGCACUGCCAUACGAGAUCCGCUUAACUAACCUUAGUCUCUAUCCUCUGAGUUAUAGGCAGUUGCGCGGAGACUUGAUACAAACUUUCCGUAUCGUGCGUGGCUUGGACUGCGUCCUUCGGUGCGAUGAAUUUUUCCAACUCGCCACAACAACUAACCUCCUGGGACAUCCCUUAAAGCUACGUGUGCCCCAGGGUAGAUUGAAUGUGAGAAAAUAUUUCUUCUCCAACCGUGUCGUGGAACCGUGGAAUAAUCUGCCCGAGACGGUUGUUAUGUCUCAAUCUGUGGCAACAUUUAAAUGUAGACUUGGCAGACAUAUGCUACAGCACCAAGCGGACUAUGUGACUUUUUAGCCAUGAGACCAGUGACAUAUGUGAAUCAAUGCCUGCAUACACUUACUGCUGUAAUUCCCUCACAUUCUGCUAAUUUAUCGAUUUUUUAUGUACAAAUAGGGAGUUCAGAGGCGUAAGCCUAUUUCCCUCAAAUACACUGACUGACUGACUGAGAGGUCUAAUUCUUAAGAUUCCCUUAUUCCUCAUUUUAUUCGCAGCAGACUAAAAACGUUGAGACGGCAGCUGCGUGACCUACCCACCACCUCUUUAUCCGUUCAUCUUAGAAUCAGAGAUUUUCGAAACGGCCUCAAGCAUGCGCCAAGAGCGCGACAAGCAAAGGGAAUAACUUGCCCUCCGUGAUACGAACCCUGCAAAUCCGUCUCUAACAUCUUCCGUCAUCGGUUCGCCUCAAACCGUGGUCACGAACUUCCAUCCCUGCUAAACGAUAACAAACACUUCCUCAUGGAUGACACUGACAAGGCGGAGUUCUUUAGUGCUUUCCUUGCAAAGCACCUUAAUACUGAGUCCAAAAACAGUCACUUUCUUUCGUUCACUUUCAGAAAGGACACUGAGUACAAUCGACGUCUCCUCAGAUCUCAUUAAGAAACACAUAAGUCGUCUGAAUAACCCACACUGCCCAGGAACGGACGGGAUUCUCAGUUCGACUAUUAAACAGGCAUCCGAACUGGCCAUUUUCUUUAGUCACUUAUUCUCUGUCUAUAUUUCAAAAGGAUUUUUUUGAAACAUGGAAGACGUCAAUUAUCAUUCCUGUUUUCAAGUCUGGAUGUCGGUCCGAUGCCAAUAACUGUCGGGGCGCACACAAAACACAGUCUCUAGCAAAACUUCUUGAAAGGAUAAUUUUCAAUGAAAUUCUUGACUUUUGUCUAGCUAAUCGGCUUAUGCGCUCUAAUCAGCAUGUGUUUUGACCUAAACAACCCUGCGAAACUUGCCACUUGGCAUUUCGUAAUCUAAUCACUUCUCUUCGUAGUGAUCAGCAGUCAGUGGUAGUUAUCUACUUUGAUCAUAGUAAAGCCUUCGAAAAGUUGUCCCAUAGACGUCUUUUAGUAAAAUUGGAAGUUUUCGGCACCCGGUCUCCUCCACCCGACUUCCUCUGGUCCUAUUUCUCCAACCGAUAUCAGAAAGUCAUGGUCGGUAAUAGCUCCUCGACAUCUCACUCGAUCAAGAGUGGAGUACUUCAAGACACGGUUCAGGGUCCGCUACUCUUCCUCCUUCGAAUUAAUGAUAUUUCGACUGAAAUCAGAAAUUCGCAAACUUUUAUUUAUGCUGAUAACCUGGAGUGUGUUUACUCACAUUCUAAGAACACCGUAAAUAUUUGUGUUGAAGAAAUUAGCGCCGAUUUACUACGCUUAAGCAGAUGAGGUUCAACAUGACAGAUGGAGUUUUCAUCAGUCAAGUGCAGUUUCAUGUCCUUUGGCGCUGCCAAACUUCCUGGUCCCAUAAUUUUCCAGAAUAACACACUCUCGGAAUGCUUAACCAUAAAGGGCCUAGGUUUACAUUGUAAAAAUAAACUUUUUUUAUCAUCUCAUGCAGAUAGAAUCUCUGCCAGAGCCGCACGGAUACAUCGGUUCAUAUCGCAUAAUUUUUCCUUUCAGAAAUGAAGCUAAGACUUUAUCAACUGUUUGUUCUUCCAGUCCUCGAAUACGGCUGUCCUUUCUCUGGUUUAAGGAAUGCCUGGGACCGUAGUAGAAUCGAAAAUGUUCAGGGAGUUUUCACCUGGAAAUCGUUCUCUUAAGUCGCAUCCGGUACUUCUUAUACUCAGAGAUGCCAGCUGGCGAACAUUAAGUUUUUGUGAGUUAUAAGACUCGAAGCUGGUCUUUGCUUUCUUUUUCGCAUUAAAUCUAGCUCCAAUAUUCCGCUCGUUGACAAUCUUACUCCGAGAAAUCGGUCUCAUGCCACGCGCAACUCCUGCAUGGUGAUUCCGCCGCGCUUUGCAUUACAUAAAAGCACUCCAUCUUCUUUGCUUCCAAAUAUGCCUUCCUUUGGAAUAAUCUUCCCCAGACAUUAGGUCAUCGCCUAAAUUGUCGGUAUUCAAAUCGAAAUUACGCAAACACCUUACACCGGAAAGUAUAAAGUCACUAUUGGCCGUUUUAUUCCCGAGCACUCAGCUUCUUGACUUUGAGAAGGGUCCUCCUGGAACUUAGUGGUAGAUCAAGUGGAAACCCUCACUCAUAUCUUUGGAACCCCCUGUUUUGAAUUGACUACUAAAUCCACUGCUAUCACUCCUCCCCCCUAGCGACGAUUUUCGCGGUUCUUGAUGUCAUCUCCUCAUUCCGACAGCAAGCGGUCUGUCGACGCUCACGGCAGAACCCUCUGUAUUCGCUGUCUACUAGUAGCUUGGUCGUGUUUCCCUUCCCCACUCCUCGGUUGGGUUCGAAGUGGACUGUGGCCGAUCGCGUCUGUUUUCCCCUCGUCUGGCCUCUUUGACGCGAAUAGUCUCAUCCGGUGUAUGAAUUCCGCCCUGACGACGUCCGUUUUGAAGCCCUUAUACAAUACCGCAUGCAGGACGGUCCUGUCUGGCCUGCAUACUUACCCCAGAUGGCUGACAUUUAUUUCUGCCCUGACGAUGUCCGUUUAUAAUUCGCUAUACACUGCUACAUGCAGACUGGUCCUGCCCUCACUUUUGUCUUAUUAUUAGCGAGAUUUCCUUUUCUCCUUUAAAGCUAAUCCAGUCAUUUUUUUAUUCCAGAGUGUUGUUUUUUUCAGUGCUCGCUCACCACUUUUCUUAACGGACUACUUAUUCUAUAACCAUGUAUUGAAUGUUGUACGACUUCUGUCUGACUCGUUUAAAAGCCAUAUAAAAAUUUAUUUGACUGAUAUGACAGGGUCCCGGUGGGUCUUUAAUAAGCAUCAUUUAUCUAUUUUAUUUUAUCCUACGAUAGGGUGCACAACUGUUUAUGCCAGGGUUUCUGGUGUCCUAGAGCAUACACGAAAGAGUAAAUGAGAAAAAUCUUGUCCCACUUGCUUUGUUAAUCUGUAUCACGGAGGGGAAGAUCGAAGGCUAACUUGAGACAGCAAUUUCACUCUGCGUACUGGGGAAUAUGCUCUUGGUCUACAUUUUCACUAGCUAGGCAGAAUAAGGCACUUCCAAAUGGUAGCGUAAUUAUUUGCGGUAGCGGGUUGAAAUGCGUGAGAACUAGUGUCUGCAUCCUAAUAGAAAAUUGGUUACAUGAUCCACUGGUUUGCGAAAGCCUGCGGCUGGCUCUGCGGUUACCGAAGCAGCUUUGUCUGUGCUCAAGAAAUUAACUCCAGACAUGCUUCGUAGUUUUUAUACUCUAGUGACUGUGGAACGCCUUCACAAUUCAUGUGCAUACCAAACUCUUUGGUGGAAGCAUAACUGCGGUCACUUCAAAGUCAGCUUUGCAGCUACGAGUAGUCCGUUCAUCCCAUGGCAUAUAAGUCCCCUAAUUCGUUCUCCCACUGUGCAUUGAUGAAGGAAAGUGCGUUUUGCACCGAUUAGAGCCUGCGUUUUGAGGCAUGGGAUUUGAAGCUUUUAUAGAGGUUCACACAAGGGUGAUUCUUAUUUCGGAAUCAGAGUGCUGCAGAUAUCCAGGAAUGUACAUCUCCUCUGAAUAUGGGAGACGCACAUACACCGUGGAGAGAAGGCCUCAGAAGUUCCUUUUGAUGGAACGAAAGAACGGAUCUUUCGUGCAACAAACAUUUUAUAUAAACAGUAUAUGGAGAUAGACGCAGUCUGCUCUGACUAACAAUUUCGUUAAGGCAAUACGGUUAUAUAUGCAAAGCGGGUCCGGACAGCAGGCCCGUGGUCCAGUGGUUCCAGGCUUUGGACUUCUAACUAGCAGUUCGCGAGUUCGAGCAAAAAAUGUCGAACACUUCGGGGUUGGGUAUGACUGGCUAACGACGGCUAAUAUGCCCAAAUGGCCAUUCCAGUCUCCCUUGACUUUAUCGAUAAUAACAUUCUUCCUAUAUACAAAACUCCAUGGUAAACCCUGCUGUUCGAAUGGACUUGCCCAAUAGUGUGGACUCUCUCGGGGAAGUUUAGUUAAUCCUGAAUUCUGGCCUCAAAUCUAAAAUAAACUAAAACUUCCUGCGAGAUAUUCGAUUUGUUUAUCUACUCUGUUUUCGAUAAUGGACACCAGAUCCUGUAUGGCGCUUUUCCUGCGCCGUUGGAAGUGUCGCUGAAAGGUAUUCUACGUAAUCCUUUUGCUGUCUUACUCCAAAGUGGAGACUUUUGUUCAGAGUCUUCCGUUACGUCCUUUAACUCCUAGAAACAUUAUUAGCAUUUGUUUGUAGAUUUCAGCAUCUGAAUAUGCAUCCGGAUGCCAGUGUCCACUAGGCUUUGCUACCAUGACCCGUCAGCCGACACGAGUUAUCUGGAAGCGUAUAUCCACCUUUUGCCUAGACAAUUUGCGAGUUAGUCCCUGUGUCUCGUCCGUCGUCUUAUUCUCGACUGAUCGUUUGCCACACUUUGUUGCUUUUGAGUAACGGUGGCCGGAUAUCGCGAAUUACUUGAUUUAGGUCCUUGACAGGCAUACUGUUCCCUACAGCCAAACACCCCAUCCCGCUUAUGGAUAUUUUUCUCAGCAACAUUUACUCUUAAAAGCAUGUUACUCGGACUUGUCGUUGGCUCAAAAAAUGCGGACAGUACCGUUGCUGGUCCGCGUCGUUUGUUCAUUAGUUGCUAGACCUCGUGACCGUGUUCUAUAGGCGGAGUCCCGUGUGUCAUUUCGUCCCUAGCCAAAUCCCUAUCGACCAUUUCAGCCUGAUCUUUCUCACAGUAUUUUAUUUUGACUCAACGGUGUUUAGUAGUGAGCAACACUGUCACACACUGCCGCAGCCUCUGUCGUCUCGGAAAUGGCUUGCUAAAAAUUGUUCCCACUUGGAAACUCCUAGGGUUUCAUUCAUUGUAUAAUUUGCUGCUCACUCAUCCGUACACAUCGCCAGCGAUUGUUUAUACAUUCUGAAGUAUGUCAUCCAGGCAGACCAUUAAGCUAACUGAUUCUACCAUUGAUGAGUAAAACAGGCUGUUAAGCAUCAUCUAUGCAGAAACCUGGUGUUUAGACGGUAUUCUCGUGUCCUUAAUGCUGUUUCUCCCUAAAGUAAUUGGCUUCGAAUUAAGCUCCACUUCCCCUUGGUAAGUAGGCACUACAUUUCGAUUUUAAACGGAAACAUAAGGUCGCUGGAUUUAUGUAAAAUAGGGUCCGACUACCCAACAUGGGAAGUGAUCUACCAUUAGUGCUUAUGUUCGAUUGACUAAAUAGUUCGAUGGCUCAUAAGUCAUCAAUCUGUCUCUUCGAGCUUUUGCUAUUUUGAAACGUAAACGAAAUCCCAGCAUGUUACUGCCAUAGAAGGGUACCAACGUCUAUUUAUACAGAAUCGGCUUUAUUUAUAUGUCUUAUUCCAUGGCGUCGCAUUGCGACCGUCAGAUAACUUACAGUCAAUUUUUUUAAACUUUUGUCAUCUGCACUUGUAGGGAUAUUUUGAAAGUCCAGCCAGUGAGAAAAUCAUGAGUCGACGCGGUCUCAUUUGUUACUGUUUUCGACACUGUCUUUCCAUAGCGCUUGACCUGUAGUUUCUCCUCAUUUCUUGUCUUUCCUGAUUUAUUUAGCUAUGGAAAUUCAAACGUUGCACCAGAAUCUGCACUGGGAUCAAAAUUCGGCCGCUCAGGCCAAUAACUAUACUUCCGACGAAGACGAUUUCGAAAGCGGCAAUAGCACCGCCAAGCUUUACGAACGCUCGCGUAUUAAGGCACUAGCAGGUAGGUCUUGUCCACUCCACUUUUACCCGCUAUAGAUGAGCGUGAAAUUGUUCAAAAGAAAACUUUCACCAAAUGGGUCAAUUCGCAUUUAGCCGUUGUGAACGACCAUAUCGAAGAUCUUUACCUUGACCUGCGAGAUGGAAAGGUGUUGUUAAAACUUCUCGAAAUUCUAUCUGGCGAGAGACUGCCAAAACCCACCCGCGGAAAAAUGCGCAUCCACUGUCUCGAAAAUGUCGACAAAUCCCUGAAUUUUUUGUGUGAUCAGCAUGUCCACUUGGAAAACGUUGGGGCGCAUGAUAUCGUCGAUGGGAACCAGCGCCUCACCCUCGGUCUCAUCUGGACAAUUAUCCUCCGUUUCCAGAUUCAGGAUAUCAUUGUCGAGGAGUACCAGACCAGCGAGACACGUUGUGCCAAGGAUGCUCUUCUACUUUGGUGUCAGAUGAAAACCGCCGGAUAUAACAACGUAAACGUUCGAAACUUCACGACCUCAUGGCGGGAUGGUUUGGCUUUCAACGCCUUGAUCCAUAAACACAGACCCGAUCUGAUUGACUAUGCAAAACUUUCGAAAGCAACACCUCUUCAGAAUCUUCAGAACGCAUUUUCUGUCGCUGAAGAGAAGUUGGGCAUCACUCCUCUCCUUGAUCCUGCCGACGUUUGUGUCGAGCAGCCCGAUGAAAAAUCAAUCAUAACCUAUGUCGUGACGUACUACCACUUUUUCAACAAGCUGAAGGCUGAUAGUGUGCAUUCUAAGAGGAUAGGGAAAGUUGUGAACCAGGCCAUCGAGUCCUCCGAAUUGACUAACCAAUAUGAACAGCUGACAACGGACCUCCUCACUUGGAUCCAGAAUACCAUUGAAUUAUUAAACGACAGGGUCUUCGCAAAUUCCUUGCCAGACGUCCAACAUCAACUCGCUGGCUUCAACACGUAUAGGACUGUCGACAAGCCACCGAAGUUUGCCGAAAAGGGAGCUCUUGAGGUUCUGCUGUUUACCUUGCAGAGCAAGAUGCGAGCAAACAAUCAGAAAGUUUACACCCCACCUGAGGGAAAAUCGAUUGCCGAUAUUAAUCGGGCCUGGGAGAACCUCGAAAGGGCUGAACAUGCACGCGAGCUUGCUCUCCGUGACGAGCUAAUCCGCCAAGAGAAGCUUGCCCAACUAGCCACUCGCUUUGAUCGUAAGGCUGGGAUGCGUGAGGCCUGGCUAUCAGAGAACCAGCGUCUUGUGACCCAGUACAAUUUCGGCUCUGAUCUGGCUGCUGUGGAGGCUGCCACAAAGAAACAUGAGGCCAUUGAAACCGACAUCUCUGCCUACGCCGAGCGCGUCAAUGCUGUUGUUAGUGUUGCAGAGGAAUUGCAGCUUGAGAAUUACUAUGAUAAUGACAGAAUACAAGCCCGACGCGAGACCGUCCUUCGCUUGUGGCAAAAUCUGCUUGAUUUGCUCCGCAAACGACGUAGCUGUUUGGCUUUGAGCCUUGAGUUGCAGCACGUCUUCCAGGAAAUGUCAUACCUACAGGACUGGAUCGAUGAAAUCGGUAACCGGCUAAAAUCCGAAGACUACGGCAAGCACCUCAUGGGUGUUGAGGACUUAUUACAGAAACAUGGGCUCCUAGAAGCCGAUAUUCGUGUCCUCGACGGGCGUCUGAAUCAUGUUCUGGAGCAAGCGCAAGUUUUUAUUGACUGUAACUUCCCCGAUAAUGUCGAUUAUCGGCCUAUUGAGCCCGAAGUUGUUGAAAAGCGCGGGCAGGACCUGCGCGCAGCUUACGACCAACUGCAUGAACUGGCAGCGACCCGUAAGCAUGCCCUCGACGACUCGCGCAAGAUGUGGCAGUUCUUCUGGGACAUGGACGACGAAAAGGAGUGGAUAAAAGAGAAGAGCCAGCUGAUGUCAAGUCCGGAUCUCGGCCAUGAUCUCAGCUCUGUGGAGCGACUUCUGAGAAAGCACCGCGCCCUGGAAGAGGAGUGCCAAACUCGGCAUGGCGUAUUCCAGGCAAGUUUGGAUGCCGGCAAGAAGUUGAUUGAGGAGGACAACCGCGGAAAGGAUAAUAUACAACGACGCAUCGAUGAGAUGCGUGAUUUGUGGGACCAGUUGGCUGAUCAGACAGCUGAGCGUAAACAGCGUCUACAGGAGUCCCAAGAAUUCUUCCAAUUAAUGGCCGAUUGUGAUGAUGCUGAUGCCUGGCUCCUUGAUCAACAGCGUAUCGCAAGCAACGAGGACGUUGGUGUUAAGAUGUCAACCACCGAGUCGCUCCUUAAAAUCAACCAGGAACUAAUGGAGAACCUCGAGGCCUACCGCGACACCAUCAAUCAGCUGCAUGCUACAGCUGCCAAGGUCUCCGAUUACCCUGAUGUUGAUGGCGGACUGAUUGCUUCACGCCUCGAUGGUGUAGAUAAGAACUAUUCGAAGGCUAUAGAGCUUGCUAAGCUUAGACAGCAACGCCUUUUGGAUGCCUUGUCCAUGUACAAACUCUUCGACGUCUCCGACACUGUUAGGACCUGGAUUACUGAAAAGGAGAAAUUGCUUACCACGCUUUGUCCUUCCGAUGAGAUCGAGGAACUCGAAGUUAUUCGCCAUCGAUUUGAGUGCUUCGAAAAAGAGAUGACAAGCAACGCUGAAAAAGUUGGCAAUGUGAACAAACUGUCUGCGUCGCUUCUAGACAAGGAUCAUCCUGACGCCCAACAAAUUGUGGUCCGCCAAGACACACUAAACGCCACCUGGAAUGAACUUGCUGACUUGGUUGAAAAACAGAAGGGUCAGUUGGAUUUGGCUUACCAGUACAACCAGUAUCUUAUUGAAUGUACUGAAACGGCUAAUUGGAUUAAGGAGAAGGAGCAUCUUAUCGAGUCCACAGACGAGUUGGGCAACGACUUGGAGGGAAUUAUGCAGUUGCAGCGCAGGUUAAGUGGUCUUCAGCGUGAUCUGCAAGCUAUCCAAGCCAAGAUUGAUUACGUGGACGAACAGGCAGACCUUUUAGAGGCUGCGAAACCAGAGGCUUCUGAGGCAAGUUGCCAAGUGUUUUUUACCCGUACUUUCUCCAGGUUAUUCAGACGGAGAGGAGGAAACUUCAUGAUCUGUGGGAUGAAUUGAAGGACAUGAUAAAGGAACGUGAUGACAGGCUCAAUGAUUCAAGCGAAUUACAACGGUUCCUCCAGGACUUCGAUCACUUCCAGAUGUGGUUGCGGCGCAUGCAGACCACCGUUGCAUCAGAGGACGUUCCUAAUACAUUGACGGUAAUCUAGUUUACUUAACUGUGUCAGACCAUUUUCGACUGUGACUUAGAUCAGCACCAUAGCGAUGUCCUGUUUUAUAGUGUUAAGACAUAUUGAAUUUUUGUUUACUGUCUCACCCAUGACUCUCACUUAUCCCAACUUUUAGGAAGCGGAAAAACUCGUCCAAGACCAUGAGCAAGUAAGGAUGGAGAUCGAUGGCUACGCUGACGAUUUCAACCGCUUGAUGGAAAUGGGACGCAAGGUUACAGAAAACCAAACUGAUCCACAGUAUGUAUACUUGGCUCAGCGUCUGGACGUGAUCGCUGAAAACUGGGACGCUCUGCACAAAAUGUGUGACGACCGUGAAAAAGUCCUUAAGCAGGAUUUGGAAGCUCAGGUUAGUAUGAGUACUCAUUUCUGGGCGGUUUUUGUAUGAAUGUAACAUACGUUGUCUUAAUUACAGUUAUAAAUUGUUGUCUAAAACCAAUUUGCCUCUGGCAAAUGACUUGAGAUCCCGACCGAUUUCUCACUAUCAAGAGAGGACGCGUUUUGUGCACCUCUCCUCUUCGAAUUUUCCUAGGGCUUUAUUAUCUUCCUUUUCUCCGUUUUAAAUCACCCUUUUAACCAUGUGUUCUAGACCUUCUUCCGCGAUGCGAUCCAGUCGGAUGUCAUUAUCAAUAAGCAGGAAAAUUUCGUCUCCAAGGAAGUUCCGGUGAGUGCUUUAGCUUAAGGAGUCUUCCUGCCCGUUGGGAUAGCACACGGUUGUCAGGAGCGUGUAUUGGUUUUUGUAUGGUAGAGCUCGCUGAAAGUAUGUGUAAACCUUUGUUCUAGACGCAUAGUCACUAACCACUUUCAAGUUAGACUAUCCCAAACUACUAAUCGACCAGUAAGAUGGGUCAGAGCAUAAAAUACGUAAGUGCCUUUGAGGACGGAUGACCACGCUAUUACUCUAGCUAGUCGAACCACCGCUACCGCAACGCGUACGUCACCUUAAGGGCGAACCGUUUUCUAGUUAGAUAGUUUAUUAUGUAAUACUAUCUUAUCAGCUGUGUUGCCAUCACCCUUGCAUGCACGAAUAAGCGUCCUGUGUUAGAACGAGUGAGACUUCGUCCUUUUCAGACUGCCCCCGAAGCCCUGCAAGAGGCUAUUCAGAGUCACGAAAGUUUCAUGGCCGCUCUCCCGGCCAGUGACGAGAAGAUCGACCAUGUCAUUGCCGUGGGUCGUGAACUGGCCGCACGUGGUGUCUUCCCUGCAGAAAAGAUUCAACUAAAAUGUGACCAGCUUGAGCAGAGGUUCGUUACUCAGCCCUUUAUUUCACGUCAGUUUUUCGCCAAUUGAAACUCAAUUUGCUGAUUGCUUUCGCGCUCCUUACAGACGAGCUGCAGUUAAACAGAAGGCCCAGGAGCGAUCAGCCCUAUUGGCUCAACAAGGUCAACUGCAAGGCUUCUGUCAAGACGUUGAUGACGUAAGUUCUGUCUCUCCAAAUGAUCAGGCAGCGGUUACGGUCGUCAGUGAGACUACUCACUUUUAUUUUUGUUGCGUCUCGCAGGUCGAGGAAUGGAUCGCUGAAAAGAACAUUGUUGCGCAGGCCGCUCCGCCCCCUCGAGAUCAGUUUGGCAUUGCAGCGAUCUACAGCAAGUUCAAGACCUUCGAAAGCGAACUUGAUGCCAACAAAGACAAGAUAGAGAAGGUUAUCCAGGCUGGCGAACAACUUAUGCUUGAGCAGCCAGAACUUCAGGCCCAGAUCGAGCCGCGUGUGGAGGUGCUUCGUCGUCAGUGGGACGAUCUAAACACUCAGGCCGUUGAUCAGAGUGCCAAGCUGGCCGACUCGAAUAGAGAGGCUCUCUUUGACGAGACAGCCAAGUCGAUGCUCACGUGGAUUACGGAAAUCAGCUCCCAGAUAGUUACCACAACCGAGGAAGUUACGGAGGAGGUCGGCCUCGUUGAGCUCAAUGAGCAGAUCAAGGAUCAGGAGAAGAAGGAGCAGGAACUGGUUGCCAAGCGCAAGAUGUUGGAGGAUAUGGCUGUAAGAUUUAUAUAGUUUUUGCUUACAAUAGACUCACUCCUAGUAGUUGCUCGACUCUUCUUCCAACAUUUGACGCACUUAAUAGUGUAAUCUUUUACAAUUCCAUUCGUUUCUGAGUCUAAAGUCCAUGUUUGAUAAAGCAUGAAAUGCAUACGAUACGUAAGAUCUAUGUGCCCAAAAGACCGUUGGAUAGUCUCGCUGCCGUCCUGACGGUGGAAAGUCUUUGCCCUAGUGAAACUUCAGUGGAUAAAUCCAUCGGCCAUGCUUCGUCAAGGUCAACUGCGUAAAUUUGGGAUGCAGUUUCCUCCACUGCGGAGUUUUUAAUUCGUCUCAGGUAGCCUCUGUAGAUUUUCGCCAAUUUAAUAACGGUGUCGACGUGGAUGGGCUACUGUUAAUUCGGAUUUGAGUCUCGUCAGCGAGUAUAGUUUUUCCACUGCACCUUUAUCUAGUUUGUUCAUGCUCUUUUCAUGGAUUGGAGAACUUUGAACACGACCUCGUGUGUUCCAGAUUUUUGCCAAAGUAGUAUAUACUUUCCUCACGUGCUGAAUUCCGUUUAAUUCCUGUGAACUUCAAUCUGUAAGCAAUGUUGUCAUCGUUUUUUUCGCAGACUCACGCUGAAAAGUUGAAGGAACAGUAUCCUGACCGCAAAGAUGAGUUCGAGCAGGUUCACAAGGAAGUUCGCAUCCGAUUGACCGAAUUGGAAGCUCCGAUGGCUGACCGCCGUGAACGCCUAGCUAAACAGAAGCGGAUUCGCCAGUUCUUCCGAGAUCUGGAGGAUGAAAAAGACUGGGUGCGCGAAAAACUUCAGCUUCUGGAGGACUCUAACCGGUUGGGUAACAGUCUUCUUUCCUGCCAGCAACUCAAGCGUCGUCACCGCAUGCUAGCCAAUGAGGUUGACAAUCACCACCCCCGCAUCGAGGCCAUCUGCAACGUGAGUGUACUUUAUGUGUUUAAACUUUUCAUCCCGUAGUUUUGACCUUACGUCACUUCAAUCUUGAGUACUCGAAACCGACCAGAGUUUCCUAAUUGUGUAUCUGCUUCUCUUAACGGCGUACCUUUAAAUGUACUUUUUGAAAUACGUCGAUGGUAGCUCUUAGCAAUCCUAGGCUUACUUUUGCAGCUGCUCAGGGUUACCCAGAGUGGUGUUCCAUCGUUGGUCCUGGACCACUUUCCUUGGUUGAAUAAACUAAAUUCGCAAAUUGCCAGUGUCCACACGAAAAUGUUUUUUUUUCUAUAACAUGUUCUGCUUUAUGUAGUCGUUCAAUACAAAUACUUAUUUGGCUAAAUGUUCAUUUCGGUGCUGUCGCUUCAAGACCAAUAAGUGCUCCGUUCGAAGGAGUCGUGCUGCUUAUUUACGGCUGUUUGGAUUUUUAUUUAGAAACGUUACGUGUUUCGCAAAGUAACUUACUACGCCUGUUCAUUUUUCUGUCUAUGCAUGUUCCGCUCGUCUGUUUUAGGAGGGCGAAACCAUGAUUAACGAAGGUCAUCCACACGCUGCCAAUGUACGCGAGGGCAUUGAUGAACUGCAUUCCCUUUGGGCAGACCUGCAGAAGGCUGUCGCGGCUCGUCAAGAUGCCCUGGAUCUGAAUGAGGUGGCCCAGCAGUACCUGUUUGAUGCCAGUGAGGCUGAGGCCUGGAUGGGUGAACAGGAACUAUACCUCAUGAGUAGCGAGAAAGCGAAGGUGCGUUUGCUUGCUAAACUAGAUCUCAUUCGUGUUUAAGUUGAUGCGUUCUCGAAGUGCGUGGCAUCAGAGGAAUCUUACAGAACUUCCCCUCAUAACUAGUUGUUCGCCUUUCUUUUUCCCCUCUUCAGGAUGAGCAGGGCGCAAACAGCGCUAUGAAGAAGCACGAACUGUUGCAAAAGACUAUUGAGAACUACGCCGGCGAGAUUCGAUCGCUGGGCGAUCGUAGUCGUGCAAUGAUCGAGAGCAGCCACCCUGAAGCUGAGGCUGUUGCCUCCAAACAGUCGCGUGUAGAUAGGAUGUAUGCUGGGCUACAUGACCUUUGUCUUGAAAGACGCCUUCGUCUGGAAGAAAUUUUGAAACUGUACAGCCUCCUCCGAGAAAUCCUUGAUCUUGAGGUAAGCUCUAAGAUAUUUUUACAAUUUCUUCUUCGUCAAUAGCUAUAGCAUUUUAAUAGCGUCCACCCUCAACGGAUAUCAUUUUUAGUUUUUGUGAAAUUUACUAAAUUUUGGUAUACCUCCGUUUUAGGCCUGGAUCGCUGAGCGCACUGUGAUAGCUAGUAGCCACGAAAUGGGUGCUGAUUACGAACACUGCUGCCUCCUUCGUGAACGUUUCGCCGAAUUCUCUCGUGAAACCAAUGAACUGGGCAAACAUCGUGUCAAUGCCGCCAAUGAGCUCUGCGACGCGCUGAUUACACAGGGUCAUGGUGAGGCUGCAGAAAUUGCUAGCUGGAAAGACCGUGUUAACGAGGCUUGGGCUGACUUACUAGAGCUUAUCGAGACUCGCAUUCAACUCCUAAAGGCCGCUUGGGAUCUUCACAAGUUCCUCUGUGACUGUCAAGUGAGCUUUUUUUAAAUUUUUCUGAUCGCAUUAUGCCUACUAUUGCCAACAUUUAUUCUCCCGUUUCAUUAAGCCUCGGCUAGACAGGUCGAAAUCCGCUCACAGUGUUUAUAUGCCUGCCUAGCCAAUCAUGCCAUCUUUAGACUGAUCGUGGUCUCUUCUACGCUUCCGGUUGCUCUUACUAUUCUGCCUUUUUGUUUAGGAUGUCCUUGAUCGCAUCGCUGAGAAAGCUGGUGCGAUUCCCGAAGAUGUCGGCCGAGAUGCUAAAGCUGUUGCUGCCUUGCAGAGGAAGCACAUUGCAUUCGAGUCAGAGCUGACACGACUUGGCCAACAGGUUUGUGUCUUCCUAAAAUUCUGCUCUUGCCUAAGAUGAAACCGUUGAAUUUACAAUCUCUUUCUCGGUGUCUUCGGACUUCUAGGUGGAGGAGGUCGUCGAAUUCGCCACUACUCUCCUUCCAAGCUACGCCGGUGAUAAAGAGCGUAUCAUCUGUGAUCGUCGUGAUGAGGUUGUUCAGGCUUGGCGCCAGUUGCAAUACUCUGCUGAGCAGCGCAAGGUUCACCUCCUUGAUGCCAGCGACGUGCACCGAUUCUUUGCUAUGGUCCGGGAGCUUCGUCUCUGGAUGGAAAUAAUGCAGACUGAGAUGAGCUCUAAGGAGAAGCCAAGGUUUGUUUUGCUUUAAGUUGCAACACUGCUGCGAGAAGUUAUGUAGCCUAUUUUGCGCUCGUUCCUCAGAAGUAUAUUUUUGGAAUUGCCCCGAUUAUCGUCGAGUGCGGCUUAGUAUUUCACAGACAACCACGUAUGUUCUUAUGACAAGAGAUUCAUCCUAAGUCAUUAUUUUUACAGCCGGCCUUUUAUCUUUUACAUUUCUUGCCUAUAACGCUCUCGGCCCUGUAAAAAAUUGUCCUAAGGCAACGAGCUGGUGUCCGAUUUAAGUGUUUUUCGGUUGAAUGUGGACUUGUUGGUGUUUCCAUACUUUUUGUGGUCCUACGAUGCAGUAAAAUCUACCAGUCACCGCAAACUGGCAAUGCUCCCUUUCUUGUCUUUCGAGCGGGAAACUCGUGGCUGAUGACCACUUUUAUUAUUCCAUGGGAUAAUACUCAUUCUCUUAAUUUCCAGGGACGUUUCGGGUGUUGAAUUGCUUAUGAAUAAUCAUCGGAGUUUGGAGGCCGAAAUCGAUGCUCGCGAAGAAAACUUUAGCAUCUGCCUGAGCCUCGGCCGCACACUGUUGAACAGGAACCAUCCACGUCAAGAAGAAAUUCGCGAGAAAUGCAUUCAGGUUCGUUGAAGAACUUGUCCCUCCACCUCCCAGCCAUGCUUACUUUUUGAACGCGGUUUAUGAGUGAAAAUAAACAUGUUUCUUUCCUAGCUGGUUACCGAGCGCAUCCUAUUGUCUGAACAAUGGAAUGAGAGAUGGGAGCACCUGAAGCUAAUUCUCGAGGUUUACCAGUUCGCACGGGAUGCUGCUGUCGCAGAGGCCUGGUUAAUUGCCCAAGAGUCCUUCAUCAAGAGCUCAGAUCUUGGUGAAUCUUUAGACGAAACCUUGGCCCUUUUGAAAAAGCAUCUUGCCUUCGAACGUGCUGCUGCCACCCAGGAGGAGCGUUUCUUGGCUCUCCAGAAGUUGACUAACGUAAGCGAACUCGCAUUACUAGAUCAUUUUUCACACAUUUACUUUAUGCCUCGACAUUGCCUCUAGUGUUUUUUUUUCACGAACUGGUCCCACGUGGGCCUAUCUGCUUGCUUAAUUCGGAAUUUAUAACCUGAAAAUUGUGAAUUAUCAUAUGACACCUUCUUUGUAGCUUGAGCUAAAAGCAAGCGAGCGAACACCGGAAAGCGAAGCAGCUCGCGUUGAACUUAGGAAGCAAAAAAUUGCGGAGGCUACACGUGAAUUCCAACCACCCAAACAACCGGUGCCCUUAACUCCUGCCCAAGCAGCCGUUGCUGCCGCGGCUGUGAGCGGCACGCCAGGGCGGCCGGGCGUUGAAACACCAACCGGUCGUAGCAUCCGCGAGAGCAUCGACUCUGGUCGCCCACCUCCGAGUAACCUUGAGGCUCUUCUCCAUCGGAAGCAUGAGUGGGAGUCGGCUACUAAAAAGGCCUCAGCUCGAUCCUGGCACGAACUAUACUUUGUGCUUUCGGCCACUACCGGCACCCUGUCAGCCUACAAGGACCAAAAGCAUGCUCACGAAAAACCUGGUGAUCUGUAUCACAGGGAGGCCCCGGUUAGUCUCGCUGGAGCAGUCGCAGUUCCGGCAACAAACUACGAGAAACGCAUGUAUGUGUUCCGCCUGAAGCUCGAAAACGGGGGAGAGUCCCUCUUCCAGGCCCGUAGCGAUGACGAGAUGCACAAUUGGAUAGAAGCAAUCAACGCCAUAUCCAACAGUCUCGGUGGUCUAUCUUCAGCCUCGGCUAGCCUAGCUGCGGGUAAGGCGGCAACUUUACCGUCCACAGCUCUUCAACUCGAAGAGCCACAGCAGCCCAGCGGUAGUGGUCAGGCACCCUCCAAAGCUCCCAAGAAAAAGUUCCUUACACUUAUGCGCAAAAAGUGA